AUGGACGGCUCCAUCCAUGAUCAGCCCGACACAGGCAUGCGCACGACCGACUUUUUCGACGACAGCUCGGAGGACGACGUGGACGAAGCUACCGCCGCUGCUGCUGUGAGACAAUCACCACCCUACCGAUCCGGCGCAGCAAACGGCGGCAGCGGGCCCAGAGACUCGGUAGCGGUGCAUAAAUCGAGGAGUAACAGGAAGAGGAAAGGAGAGAGCUACCUGGGUUCAGCGCCAGGCCGCUACGUCUCUCAGUGUGGUAGCAGUAACGACCAAAAAGCACCAGCAGAAGACGGGGGAGAAGGAGAUAAAGACCUUCACUCGUCGCUACUAAGCGCCACUGCUGGCUUCCUCCGCCUUACGCCUGGGACCCCUCUUCGCAAGCUCCCGCACCGCCGACAUGCCUCGGACUCCCCAGCCAGCUCUUCGUCGUAUCCCAACUCUGUUGAUGAAAUCGCCGCCACGGGCUCUGCGCGCCACAUUAGCAUGCAGGCCCACGGGCCCGGCAGGAUCGUGCACCACUCGUCCCCCCGCGUCUCGGCUGUCUUUACCGACGAAGAGCGGCCCUCCUCUCCGCUGGUACCACUGCCUUUACCGCUGCCGAGUUCCCUUUUCCCAGUCCCAGUCCCCGCCGAGACCAGCGACCGCCACUCCCGAAUCAAGACGCAAAGCAUCGUAAUCAGCAAAGCCGACCAAAUCCUCGGCGCGCACGAGAUGACUCUCCAAGCACUCCUCCACGACGAAGGCUCUGCCCCACCCGCCCUAGCUCCUGCAUCUCGGCCUAUUUCCACACCCGUCGGAGCCUUCAAGCACACCCGCCAGCGCUCCGCCUCCGCCUUCGCGAGGAAAGUAAGCAUGGCCCCGCCACCAAUCGACACACACCACGGCCACCUCCCCAAUGACAUAGUGCGCACGCCCUACCCGUUCCAGUUCCGCAAGAGCUUCCACAAGCCCUCGCCGCUCACGAUGCAGCAGGCGCUCCAGCCGCGCGAGUUCGUUCUGACGGUGUCGCUGCUGCGGCGGCGGCAAGGGCACGGCCAUACGCGCGGUCCGAGCCCGAGGGUUGGGAGUAUUGCGAUUCCGGCUGAUCCGGAUGCCGCGGCGAAGGAGCGCGCGAAGAGCCCGAAGAGUGGGAAGAAGAUCCAGGAACAGGGGUUUGAGGCGCUAGAUUUUGACGAUGCGCAUUUCUUCCGGGAGCUGAGGAGGGAGUAUGCGAGGCUCGCGGGGCCGUGGCGGGGGUUUGGCGCGCGGACGCUGAAGACGAUUGAGGUCGGGCAGUCUUUUGCUGGUGCUGGGUUUGGGGGCCCGAUCGGCUGCGGUGGAGGAGCGGCCUCGUGCCAUCCGCGCUCGCCGAGGUUUUUGGCGCGGAGGGGCCUAACAGACACGUUUUCUGAGGAGAAGCUGAUGCAGCAUCUCUGGUGCCCCAAGAUCGGGAAGGCGCGAUAUGCGUGGGUGCACUGGGCGCAACGUAUCGCCUCUUCUUCUCGCUCGCUCCGGCCGCCGACGGGACUUGCUGCAAUUGCGGCGGCGGCUGGUAUAGGCGGUACGCAGUGGACAUUCGCACCAUCGGAGACGACGAGGCCCUCGAACCCGACCCCGACGACUGCGACGGGUGGGAAGGGGACGGGCACACCGAAGACGCCGAUGGGUGAAAAGGAACUGCUCAGUCCAAGGUCGCCGCAGAGGCAGAGCGUGCCGACGCCGGAGUCGGACUCGGACUCGGAUGGAGAGGCGCUGGAGGCGGAGGUGGCUGCUGCGCCGGGUCUGAUCUUUGUGGAAGGCUGGAGUGUACCGCGGAUUGUCUCUGCGGUUGCGAUUGUAUUCCUGCUGAACAUUGCGGCGGCGCUGCUGUGGAUCUUUCUAGGCGUUAGUGCGCCGGGUGUGGGCUUCAGGAGUGCAGGUCAGAGAGUGGCUACUGGCAUUGUCAUUGGAGCGUUCACGUUGCUGCUAGGCUGGACUGCCGUGCUUGGGUGGAUUGCUGUCAGCUGGUUGGUCUCGUAG